CAGAUCUCAUCCGAUCCUGACGGAGAACUGAACACAAGACACACAGCCAUGGCUCCUACAAUCACUGGAUCGAUCAUCAGCAGAGAACAGCUUCCUCUCACAAACAAGCUGAGAAAGCCAAUAGUGGAGAAGAUCCGGAGAGAACGAAUCAACAGCAGCAUCGAGAAGCUCAAGUCUCUUCUGGGUCAAGAGUUCCUGAAGCAACAGCCCGACUCCAGACAGGAGAAAGCUGAUAUCCUGGAGAUGACGCUGGAUUUCUUGAGACGCCAGCAGCGCUCCCAGAGUCCCUCGGCGUGCGGCUCUCCUGCAGCUCGUGACGGACGCUCCAGAUGUGUGCAGGAGGCCGUCAGCUUCCUGUCUCAGUGUCCAGUGCAGACGGAGUCCCACAGAAGACUGCUGAAGCACUUCCUGCACACGCAGCCCUGCACAGAGAACAAGACACGAGUGCCUCAGAUCAGUCCAGCGGCCGCUCAGAGCAGCGGCAAAGAGCAGACUCUGGCGCUCUGGAGACCCUGGUAGAGAUUUAGCAGACAGAAUUCAUAAUGUCAGUCUGAGAUUGGCAUGGACUGAAAUUCAAACGUAGGAAUUGAUUUCCGCUCUCCUGCUUUUGCAGGACCUUUAAUCUGCUUUCAGAGAAAGCUUGUGUUUCACUCAAACUGUAUGAUCGGUGAUAUUUGACCAGAAUCUACAGAAUCAUUUGCUGUGUAAAAUGAUUGCUACAUUUUUGACAUUUCAUAUUUAGAGAAAAGUUCAAGUCUGAUUCAGACGUUUGAGCUCCUUUAGCUCUUUCACCCAUAUUGGGUUUAUUCUCUCUGCAUCUAAAGGAUGAUGACGCUGCUUUCAUUUACUGAGAGCUUUUUGUUAUAUUUCUGUUGUUUCAAACAGAUCUAAUUCUUCUCUUAUUAUAUGAGAAACAUUUUUUGUUAUUUGAAGGAAUGAUUUAAUUGUGUGUUUAAAGCACAAAUGAUUGUUUGCAUGUGUUUACAUGAAUGAGACGUUUCCCCUGUAAAGGGCAUUUUUUUAUCAUCACUGUUAGUGAUUUCAAGUUAUUCUUUGUAUUCAAGCUCAAGUUUGUACCUUCUGUGAAGGUGUCUUGCAUUGCACAUUGCACUGGCUUAACCAUUUUCAAUGUCUGUGACAUUGUUAGUUUCUUCCCAGUUAAAGAAAACUUCAGAUAUAAUAACAUGAGUUAUUCAUGUGUGUGAAAAUAUGUAUUGACAUAUUGUUACUGAUGUUACUGCUUUGUUCAUUUGUUUGUAAAUGUUCGGUGUCAGAUUUACUCACAUAUGAAGAGCAGCAAUCAUAUUGCUUAUGACAAAUAAAUUGUACAAUCAGAGA